AUGCUUCUUCUGUUUCAAACAACCGCUGGUGGGUAUGCAAUUUUCAAAGUACUUGAUGAGGACUUACAGAACGUGUUUUCCGGUUCAAAUCCUGCUAGAAUGGCGUUCGAGUUGAAGGCAUUUUCCAAAUUUAACACUAUUUCAAAAACUACACCGGAAACUACUUUGCCGAUCAGUAAUAGACAAUUUAGAAAGCAUCUGCGCAAGUUUCUACGUGUUCAUUGUGCAAAUGAAACGUUAGGUGUAGCCGAUUCAAAGCUUGCGAAUAUCAUUAAGGAUAAAUUGAAAAUUGACUGUGUUCACAACAAUGAUGUUAUGGAGUUGAUGAGAGGUGUUAGAAAUCAACUGACUGAAUUAGUAGUAUGUCUAGCUUCUCAAGACAUGGCCCCUAUGAGCUUAGGUUUGUCUCAUAGAUUAUCCAAAUACAAGAACAAGUUUAGUACUCACAAGCUGGAUACUAUCAUCAUCCAAGCGAUCGGCUUACUUGGUGACAUUGAUAUAGAGCUGAACAGAAUUGCCGGGAGGCUUCGCAAACAGUAUAGUAAGCAUUUUCCAGAACUUACCAAAAUCACAAUGGACAACAACCAAUAUGCAAGGACAGUCAAGAUGAUGUGUGAAUGCAUUAAUGUUGCAAAACUUCAUUUCUCUAAGAUUUUGUCAGAGGAAGUUGAGAUUGAGAAAGAGCUGAAAGAAGCAUCUAUUAUAUCCAUGGGAACAGAAAUUGGUGAGGUUAGAUUGGGAAAAAUUAGUAUGCUUUGUGAUGAAGUUUUAUGUCUAUUAGAAUACAGGGCUACACCGUAUGAUUGUCUCAAGAGUAGGAUCAACGCCAUUGCACCCGAUUUGAUAGCUAUGGUUGAGGAGAUUGUUGGCGCCCGCCUAAUUUCACGAAAUAGCAAAACAAUCACUAAAUCUUCUCCACGUCUACCAAAUGCUGCAUCUCAACGUCAAGUCCAGACAUUAAACAUGAUUAUGACGUUGUUUAAACGCUGA